CACAACGUGGACUGCAAGCACAACAGAGAUUCCAAAAGUAGCGGCAUUUUGGCACAGCUCACGCUUCUCACACUCUCCAAUGGCUUCUCCUCCUCUUCAUCCUCCCCAUCUCCGCCUCUACUCCUGUCUUCUCCUCAUCCUCUCUACCGUCUUCUUCUCCUUCUCCCUUCUCUCCCUUGCAUCCGAUCACCCUGAACCCCAAUACUCUUUCCAGGAGCUUCUCCAAGCCGCCCGGAACCCAGACUUCUUCGAUUGGUUGAUCUCCAUACGCCGGCGCAUCCAUCAGAACCCUGAGCUCGCCUUCGAGGAGUUUGAGACCAGUGCCCUUGUCCGUACCCAGCUCGAUGAGUUUGGGAUCGAGUACUUGUGGCCUGUGGCCAAGACCGGCGUUGUCGGCACCGUUGGCUCCGGCUCCGGCCCUCGUUUCGCUAUCCGUGCUGACAUGGAUGCUCUUCCUUUGCAGGAGCUGGUAGAUUGGGAAUACAAAAGCAAGAAAAAAGGAAAAAUGCAUGCAUGUGGGCAUGAUGUGCAUACAGCUAUGCUUCUUGGAGCAGCUAAGUUGCUUCAGCAAAGGAAGGAUAAAUUGAAGGGUACUGUGAAGCUUGUUUUCCAACCAGCAGAGGAGGGUCAUGCCGGUGCUUACUUUAUGCUCCAAAAAGGUGUUCUGGAUGAUGUACAAGCAAUUUUUGGCAUGCACAUCGAGCCUUAUCUGCCAACAGGCACCAUUGCUUGUAGGCCUGGCCCUGUUCUUGCAGCAUCAGCUCGUUUUGUAGCAGUAAUCACUGGAGUAGGGGGGCAUGCAGCAUCACCACAUGAAGCUGCAGAUCCUGUUCUUGCAGCUUCUUUUACAAUCCUUAGUCUUCAGCAGAUUGUUUCUCGAGAAUCAGAUCCCCUUGAUGCGAGAGUAGUAUCAGUUAGCUUCAUUAAGGCUGGCGAUGCACACAAUGUUAUCCCAGAAUCUGUGACUUUUGGAGGCACUUUCAGGAGUCUGACGACUGAAGGCAUUGUUUAUCUGACUAAAAGGAUCAAAGAGAUAAUUGAGAUCCAAUCUGCAGUACAUCGUUGCACUGCAUCAGUGGACUUCAUGGAGAAGAAACUAAUACCUUAUCCCCCGACUGUUAAUGAUCAACAAAUGUACACUCAUGUCAAGAUGGUCGGGGAGAGCCUUGUCGGCAAAGACAAAUUUCAGGCGAGCAUUCCAGCAAUGGGUGCAGAGGACUUUGGCUUCUAUUCACAGAGGAUGCCUAGUGCUGUCAUCCAGCUCGGCACCCAAAAUGAAACUCUUGCCCCAACUCACAUGUUGCACUCUCCCAACCUUUUUGUUGAUGAGCAGGCUCUUCCUGUUGGAGCUGCUAUGUACGCUGCUGUCGCAAUGUCGUAUUUGGAACGCCAUUCCACGGAGUUGUAGCGCUUGAAGAGAAAGGCUUUUCCACAUCAUGAUUUCACCUAUCAUUCGGUGUUCCUGAUAUCAUGUGAGUGAUUCUUGCUUUCUGGUGUUGAUUAAACAUAUGAAUUAGCUCACAUGGAUGUUAAACAUUGCUUUCCUUAAUGAUAUAAUUUGAUUAUGUAUUUGAUCUCUAUCUACAUAUGAAGUUAUUCAUGUUUAAUUGGGGUUAGUUCUAAUUA